UAUCCUUUUUUUGUAAAUUAUAUUAAUAGCCGCAAAAACGCUUUUAAUUGUAAAAGAACUUCUUAAGUAAAAAUCGAAGGAAUAUUUGAUACAGUGAAUAUUUGAAGCAUGAAAAACACACUUCACGAGAUGAAUUUGUGCAACUGCACAAAGAAUUUAUAAAAAUCAUUAAAAUAAAGUUAUGGAGAUUGGCCACCGCUUUUAUGUAUACGGAUGCAGGGAAUUGAUUUCAUAAACUACUUUACUUUACAUAAAUUUAUUCUUUCUUAUAAACCCUACGAGCAAAGGUAGAAGCCUACAUAAUGACCUUAGAAAUGAACGCAUUUAUGAAUAACGCAGUAAACGUUAGUAAAAAUUUGAAUUAUUUGAACCUACCGUUAACCAUAAUUCCAAUCACUGAAGAUGCCUUAAACAAAAGAAUAUUGGAGCAAACAGCAGCUCAACAAUGCAAACAACCAGAUCUAACAUUUCAUUGUAUGUGUUGCGAAGAAUAUUUUGUAAAUCCUUUACUUAUGUAUGAGCAUAUGAACACACAGCAUGCAGACCUGCCUGAACCAGAAGAACCCGAAGAAGUUGAUUCAAAUGAUGAUAAAGAUUAUAGUUGGGUAUUAGAACCGGUUUGUGAAUUAGUCGAUUUAGACGAGAAAGAAAACGGGACACUAGCUGAAGAGGAACCUUCCGAUAGUGACACAGAUUCAGAUGAUGAUAGUUCUUCGACGUCGUCUUCUUCAUCAAGUUCCACUUCAAGCGAUACAACGAUACAAACAAAUUCGAAUAACAAUACACGAGACAGCGCUAUUAUAGAUGAAGUCGAAGAAAAACAAAUUGUUCUUAAUCACACCGGGACAGAAAACUCUAAUACGAACAAUACAAAUAACUAUAGUAUUAUACACGGGAACAGUAUAGAAUUAAAAACAGCCGAUCCUCACGAGUCUACAUCAAUCAUUUUAAUAAAUCCGCAGCAAAACUCCACAGUUGCACGAAUGCCAGUACCGAUGAAGAGAGGACGUGGUAGAAAAAGCGCUGCAGAAACAGCUGCUAUGCAGUUGUCAUCACUAAACAGUAAAGAACCAAAAUGCUUUCAGUGCGCGCACUGUGAAGCUUCAUUUCUAAGUGCAGGGGACUUAUCCAAACAUGUACGUUGCCAUAUUACCAAUAAACCGUUCCAAUGUUCCAUUUGUGAGAAGACUUUUACACAUAUUGGUAGCUUGAACACACAUAUACGUAUACACAGCGGUGAGAAACCGUAUAAAUGUGAAUUGUGCUCCAAAGCGUUUACCCAAUCGAGUAGUUUGAUGGUUCAUGUCAGGUCCCAUGCUGUCAAAAAACCACAUCAAUGUCAUUUAUGUGAUAAAGGUUUUGUGAAUUCCAGUUCUUUAGUUAUGCAUUUGAAAUCUCAUGAGGAGGGUGAACGAUUUUCCUGCCAAGAAUGUGACAGAACUUUUAAGCACGAAGCCCAACUGGAGGAGCACGUAAGGACGCAUACUCAAGUUUUGUUGUAUCAAUGCUCAAUAUGCCGCUCGGCCUUCGCUAACUCCUCUCAGCUAGUGCAGCACAUGAAAUGCCACAUGGGCGAGAAGCCCUUUACUUGCUCUAUCUGUGAUCGUUCUUUUACUCAAUCUGGCAGUUUGAACAUCCAUAUGCGUAUCCAUACGGGGGAAAAACCGUUUCAGUGCAAGCUAUGCGAAAAGUCCUUCACACAGGCUUCCAGUUUAAGUGUUCACAUGAAGAUACAUUCAGGCGAAAAGCCUUUUCCCUGCCAUAUAUGUGGGAAAUCAUAUAGCCAAGCGGCUUAUCUCAACAAGCACAUACAAAAUCAUUUCGAAACUCAGAAACAGGAACUGCUGCGGGCCAGGGGAAAGGAAACUUUACUGUGUAUAGUAUGCGGUGCUUUGCAUCCAGAUGCCGACUCCUUAGCAUUGCAUGUCACCCAACAGCAUGCGACUUUAUUGAACAAUUUGCCCGAAAGGCCAAAGCCUUUGGAAAAUUCGAAUGCCUUAGAAGAUGAACGUUUCCAGCAGCAGCAGUAUAUGCAACAAGUGGAGCUCUUAAUGCAGAUGCAACAACAAAUGAUGGAAGAAGUUAGUAGAAAUGGUAGAAGCUUUGAAAUGCAAAGAUCAAAGGAGGCCCAACACAUGCAGCAAUCAUUGCCAACAACGUACGGCGAAGAUGAAGAAAUUGAAAAUAAUAAUAAUGAAGAUGAAGAGGAAAUGGAUGAGGACGAAAUAGAUGAUGAAAGAAACGAAGAGGAAGAAGAAUUGGAUGAAGAUUUAGAAGAAAUGCCUGAGGCUAUUGACGAAUUAAACGAUGAAGAAGACUUAAAUACCGAGGACGAGGAAAUCACCGCACAAGUCGACCUUGAAAGCACGCUACAAAUGGAGCAAACAGAGGAAAAUCCUGAAGCUGCCGAUACUGCUACGCUAAGCGAAAUGCAAGAUUACCCUUUCACCGAGGAGGCGGAAUUCGAUGAUUACGAUGACUAUGCAGCUGAAGAAGAAGUCGAGACGGCCGUUUAGCAUACGGAUAGAAUAUUUUAUUAAUUUUAGUUUCCCCGAGACAUUCUUUGCUCGUAGAUUGCGUCAAAAAUUGUUUCAUAUUUCAUAUUAGUAUACAUCAUUUAAUAAACUC